CUUAGGGCGAGCGCUCAUGCGCAGGCGCACUCACGCAGAGCUGAAUGUUUUAGAAAGAAAAGAAGAAGAAAAAGUUGGCACGUCCCAAUAAAUGGGCAUCCAGCCCCUGAACUGGGACAAGGCCUCCCCGGUCCUACAAGCAGUGAAUUUCUCUCUCUGGGAUCUCAUGGAGGCGCUAAAAGUUUCUCCAUACUGGACUGUUUUCUACCUGGCGCUUAGAUUCAUGGAGCGGACAUCUGCAGACAGCCCCGCAGAUCAGAAAAUCAUCAGCGCUAAACAUGGAGAAGAAGUCAUUCUGCCUUGUAGACCAGCUGAGAACAAAGAUGUUGUAGUUGUAAAGUGGAUCAGAACUGAUCUGGAGUCAGAUCAGUUUGUUCUUUUAUACAGAUCCAAGCAGUUUGAUCCAGAGGUUCAGUCUCCAUCCUUUAAGAACCGGGUGGAUCUGAAGGACGUGAAGAAUGGAAACGUGUCUUUGGUUCUGAAGAAAGUGACAACUGAUGAUACAGGAAUAUAUGAGUGUCGAGUUCAGAGAGGAAAUAAUCGCAGGAAGAGAUCCAUUCAGGACACUGACCCCAUCAGCAUCAUUGUUCUGAUAGUUCAACCAGGUGAGUCUGUUUGUUACUGGAUCAGAACUUCCAGCAGCUUCCUGGUUCUUGACAUGAGAGAAACAUCUCAGAUCAGAUGUUUGUGUUUUCUAAGCUCUGUUUCUCCAGGUCUGCAGCUUCUGUCUGCAUUAGAUGGACAGACACAAACACUUCAAUGAUUCAUGGUCUUCAUGUCCAACAGAACUGAGAUCUGAUGGUUCAUUUUCACCUAAAUCUACUUUCUAAACACAUCAGGCUCAAAGAAACUCUGAAAUCAUCUCAUCUGAAUUUAAAAAUACUAUUUAUUACAAUAAAAACCACAAAAAUGA